AUGAAAGUCAUUUUGCCAUUGGUUCUCAAAAAAUUUUGGCAAUUACACGGAGAGAAACGAGAUUCUCAAAAGGAUGGCUUCCGAAGUCCGAUUGUUGAGGCUCGAAAAACAUACGAGAUAAUCGGUGUUUCGACAAGUGAAAGAGAGGCGAUUCCCGUUGAACAGAUCUCCUUUGUCGAAUCGACCAACGCUCCACCGUUAAAGCAACAAACCCGAGGUGAAGAGAUUGAAGAAGAGGAGUUAAAAUUGGCUGAGACAAACGGACAACUGAAUAUCGUC